CUGUUCUAAAGUUAAGGUGCCAACAUCUCCUGCCUUCCAGCUCACUCUUGUGCCUGCUGUCCCUGACCCAGUCAUGCCUCGGGGCCAGAAGAGUAAGCUCCGUGCUCGUGAGAAACGCCGCCAGGCCCGAGGUGAGCCACAGAGCCUUGAGGGUACUCAGGCCACUGCAGCAAAUGUUGAAGAGUCCUCCGACUCUCCUGUUUCUGGGGAUACUCUCCCGAGUUCCCCUGCUGCUAGCACUUCCCAGGAGCCUCGGGGAUCCCCAGCGACUAGCUCUGCUACUGCAGGUGUUUCACACCCAAGAUCUAAUGCAGGUGCCAAGAGCCAAGCUGAGAAACAGAAAAAUUCCUCUCAGGCCUCAACUUCCCCUGAGAGUGCUCGCAAAGAUCUUCUAACCAGGAAGGUAGGGAUGUUGAUGCAGUUCCUGCUAGAAAAGUAUACAAUGAGGGCACCCAUUUUGAAGUCAGACAUGCUGAAGAUCAUCCACAAAAGGUACAGGGAGCACUUCCCUGAGAUCCUCAGGAAAGCCUCGGAGCACAUGGAGCUGGUCUUUGGCCUGGAAUUAAAGGAAGUCAAGCCAGGCCGUCAUUCCUAUAUCCUGGUCAGCAGCCUAGACCUCACCACCGAUGGCAGUGUGAGCAGUGCCUGGGGCUUUCCUAAGAAUGGGCUUCUCAUGCCUCUUCUGAGUGUGAUCUUCUUGAGUGGCAACCGAGCCUCUGAGGAGGAUAUCUGGGAAUUCCUGAAUAUUUUGGGCAUCUAUGAUGGCAGGAAGCAUUCAGUCUUUGGGGACCCCAGGAAGCUCAUCACCCAAGAUUUGGUGCAGCAAAAGUAUCUGGAGUACCGCCAGGUACCCGGUAGUGAUCCUCCACGCUUCGAGUUCCUGUGGGGCCCGAGAGCCCACGCCGAGACCAGCAAGAUGAGAGUCCUGGAGUUUUUGGCCAAGGUCCAUGAUACCGUCCCCAGCGCCUUCCCAUUCCAUUACGAAGAGGCUCUGCGAGAUGAGGAAGAGCGAGCCCGAGCCAGAGCCACAGCUGCGGCUGCCUCUACUACCCAGGCCAAUGCACGUUCCCAGGCAAAGUCCGGCCUCUCCUCUCCUCCCUAGAGAGGGCUGAGGCAGAUUCUUUGCUUUGUAGUUGUUGAGAGCUGCCACCUUUUAAGUAGUGAGAGGCUAAGGUGGGGUUGGAGAGGCCAUAAUAUGUAUCUUUUUUGUUUUCCUAUCGUAUAUUGGUAGCUUACAAAUGUUCCUUUCAGGAAGAAUGUUUAUUUGGAUUUAGAAUCCAACUUUAUAAAUGACAUAGAUCACACAUUGCUGUUUAUCAGAUUUAAGAGUAAGAGUUUUGGUGUUGUAUAAUGAAGCUAGAAAAUCCUUACAUCUUCUUCGGGUUCUACAACAACACAAUAUGGCUUUGGAAUGGGGAUUUUCUUAAGAGUA